UUGUUGAUAUGUGAAACCUUAGCUUUUAGCCACAUCUUAAUGCAUCAUGGUAAAGUAAGGGGUUUGCUUUGAUGACUGGCAGCGACUUGUGAGCCACUGCUUUACAUUUUAACUUCACAAACAAUAUACAGCGUACAUGUUAACUUGACGUUACGUGGUUAUAGUGGUUUUUGUUAGAAGUGAGGGCAGUUUGUGGGUGUUGCUAGCUAACCUAACGUCACUAACGUUAACUUAAGCAAGCUAACGUUAGCUUAGCGAGCUGUCUGUUUUCAAUUUCACCGUUACAUUUAGACUCUGUUGUUUCAAAUGUCUAACGCCACGGAAAUGAUCUUGGCACCCGAAUGGGACGACGAAGAGCGGAUGAAUUUUAUGUUCUCGGACUUCAAUGAGAACCGAGAUGUCAACACCACGGACUGGGACAGUAAGAUGGACUUCUGGACGGCUCUGAUUGUUAAAGCCUGCCGGGACCGAGGUACCGUGUGUGUCAGCCUGAAGGAGCUCAACAAGACCUUCAGGAGGAAAGAGAGAUCCCCACUGGGCUUGGCGACUGUCAUCCAGUCCAUGGCCAGAUGUGGGAAGAUCCAGAGGGAGUCAGAGUUUGCUGCCAACAUGGACUGUGGCUGGCUGUCCUGGGGUGUGGGCCUGCUGCUGGUGAAGCCUCUCAAAUGGACCUUCUCCACCCUUCUGGGAAGCAGCCAGGUGUCUCUGGAGGAGUCCUUUGUUGUCAUUGAACUAGUGAAGGAGAAAGCAGCAGAAUUACUCAAGGUGUACCGAACCAGUGAGUUUUCCAGGUGCUCCAUCAUUUCAUUUCAAGAGCUCUGUACUCUCUCCGCUGAUGUCUGUGCGGAUGAGAGCACGCUGUGCAUGGCUCUCCUGCAGCUGCAGAGGGACAAGCAAGUGACGGUUUCAUUGCACGAAGGAGAGAAGAUUGUCAAGUUUUGUCAGGCUGGGCAAGAUCACAUUUCUCAAGUCAGCGAUGUGGAUAUGGGCAUCUACAAGCUGCAGCGCAGUCAGAAGCUUCUGGAAGAGCGGGUGGAGAAACUGGGCCUUGAGGCAGACAAGUGCAAAGAGGAAGCAAGGCUACUGCUGAAAGAAGGAAAGAAAUCACAGGCACUGAGGUGUUUAAGAGGACGUAAGAGGGUAGAAAAGAGAGCCGAGAGCUUGUUUGCCAAACUGGAGUCCAUCAGAGGAAUCCUGGACAGAAUAGCUCAGUCACAGACUGAUAAGAUGGUGAUUCAAGCAUAUCAGGCCGGAGUGUCCGCCCUGAGACUGUCUCUGAAGGAUGUGACUGUGGAGCGGGCUGAGAGCCUCGUGGAUCAAAUUCAGGAGUUAUGUGACACUCAAGAUGAGGUGAACCAAACGAUAUCCAGCGUGGCCAGCGCAGAUGAAGACAUAGAUGAGUUGGAGGAGGAACUAAAAUCUUUGAUAGCUGAGUCAAAGCCGGAUAGUAUCUCAAGGUUCCCUGAGGUUCCAACCAACGUCCUGGGACCCCCCGGGGAGCACAGCCUCGGGGGGUCCGACCUGCUCAGCUCUCUGCCUGCGGUGCCUUACAGCCCCCUGGAUAUUACCGAUGAGCAGCUGGAGGAAGAAUUAAAUAACCUCACAGAUUCAGGCUUUGAACAGGAGAAGAAGACGUCUCCAGCCAGGAGAUUAGAGCCUGCUCAGUGACGACACGGACAGAACAUGGCAAGUUUAAAGCUCGACGUCAACAUAUCGAACUCUAUCUCUUAAGACGUUUCUGUGAGCCAGGGUUCAUAGAAUGAGAUAAAGUAAUGAAAAACUACAUAAGCAAUUGCUAAAUCUUAACUGUAAGAGCUGUUAAAUAAAUAUAUCAGGAUGAAAACAAGGCACUUUCCUGAGUUAAUGAACAUACAAAUGCCUUUUCUUUGGAGGCAUGCCAAAAAGAAAUGCUUUUCAACUUGGAAGUUCAAAAGUGAACAUUUUAACAGUUUAAGAUAUUCUUUUUGGUAUGCCACCACGAGGAAUGCUUUUAAGUUUGCGGUAUUUUUGACAAGAGUGUGAACCAGUAUAUUUGUGGUUUGUGAUGUGUGUUUAUUGAUGUCUUUAAACGUCCCUCAUUGACUAAUUGUGAAGUGUAUUAAGUGGCCUUUGUACAUGUUAAACUGAAAGUAAAGAGAAUAUAAUGCCAAAUGAUUAAACAAACAAGUAUGUGUGGACUGAGAACUAAGUGAGUUUAACCAAAUAUGUUUCUCAAAAAUAAAAUGUAUUUUAAUCA